AUGGGAGCCGGCAGCUCCGCCGAGCCGCCCGCCGCGCAGGACGGGGCCGGGGCCACCGCCGAGCCCCCCGGCACCCCUCCGGAGCCGCUGCCGGCAGAAGAAGCGGCGGCGCCCCAGGCUCCAGCGGAGCCCGCCAAGGUUUUAGAUGCAAGUUCACCAGUACCUGAUGUUAAUGCAGAGAGUUUGGAGCAUGAUACCCCACCUCAGGAGCCACAGCAGCCAGGAGCUGUUACAGCACCUCAGGAGCUGGAUGGGCAGCAGGCAGAGGUGGCUUCACCCCUUGAAGGACCGUCCGGAGAGCAAUCAGAGGCUGCUGGAACAAAUGUUGGACAAAAAGAACAUUCCAGUGUAACUUUGAAAGAAGACACUGAAACUAUGGAGACAAAUCCAUCUGACUCAAGCACCAGGAAUGGUGUAGAUGCUGAGAAAGAGGAUGUUCAUGCAGUUAAACAGUUGCCAUCUUCCGAAGAAGAUGCAGAAGACCACACAUCUGAGCCACAGUCUUAUGAUCUGGGUUUUAAAAAGGUUUUCAAAUUUGUUGGGUUCAGAUUCACAGUGAAGAAGGAAAAGACUGGAAAAUCGGAACCAGUUCAGCUGCUUACUGUGAAAAAGGAAACACAAGCCCCUGAAGGAGCUGAUGAUCAAAAAGAAGUCAACAUAGAAGAAACAGUGAUGCCUGAGGAUGCGCUCUCUGCAGAAGACACCACCAAAGACACAGUAAAAAAUGACAAAACAGAAGAUGAAUCUCCUAAAACACCAGAAGCAAAUGAGAUUUGUUCUCAGUCAGCUGCCUUAGCCACCGAUACUGCAUCACCACUAAGAAAACUUUUUACUCAGGGAUGGACUGGAUUUAGAAAAAAGAAGAGUUUCAGGAAGCCUAAAGAAGAUGAGCUACAGUCUCCUACAAAAGAAGAGGAGCAAGAAAAAGAGGGGGCAACAUUAACAACUGAAACCACUGAAAAGGAGGAGAAAUCUGAGCUGAAGAAGCAAGAUGAAGAGAAGAAUGUGACAGCAGUGACUAUUGAAGCACGUGAGAAAGAGCAAACUAAAGGUGAAAAGCAGGAGUUAGAAAAGACUGUGGCAGCCACAGGAGUCGAAGCAAGUGAAAAAGAAGAGCUAACUAAGCUUGAUGAGCAGGGUCAAAAAGAGGAUGUAGCAGCAGCAUCUGUUAGAGAAAGUGUGAAGGAGAAAACAGCUGAAGAAGAUCAGGAAAGGAAACUGGUGGAAAUCUCAGAAGAUCUUGGUAAAAAAGAAGAAAAAUCUGGAGAAGGAGAGAAAGAAAGUGAAAUGAUAGAGAAACUGGAAGAAACAGUGUCAGUGGUACCUGUUGUUGCUGACAGUGUGAACGGAGAAUUGAAAAGAUCCUCAAAAGUCCUACCUGUGGGAGAAAAACUGGAGCUAGUGGAGAAGUGUGAAAUAGAUGACAGGACUGAAAUAUCCUCUGAAAAGAAACUUGAAGAAGGAUCUUUGGCAACUGAAAUUUCCAGUGAACAGCUUAAAAAAAAUGAAGGAAGCGAAGCAAAUAUACCUGCCUUGCUGGGGAAAGAAACACAUGAAAAAAUGGAGGAAGCAGAAUUGAAAAUGUCACCCACAGCAGAAGUCAUCACAAAAGGAGAUGCUCAAGACAGAACCACAGAGAAGAAAGAAAGCAAAGAACAUGAGGCAAAAUUGACUCCAGAUGCUCCUGGAUCAAAGUCCUUUUCUAUUUCUGAACCUUCAGUUGACACAGAGGAUGAUCAACAGUCAAUCAAACCCACUGAUGAAGGCCUACAGGGAAAAACUGGCAUAGUUACGACUGAUACUAUCAAACCAGAUGAAAUAACUCCUGAAGAGGCAGCUGGAAAGAAGCUUCCAGAAGGUAUCACAAAUGAAGCUGAUCUGCUGUCUUCUCAAGAAAAAAAUAAACUACAAGGCAGCCCUUUAAAGAAACUCUUUACAGGUACUGGAUUAAAAAAACUGUCUGGAAAGAAGCAUAAAGGCAAAAGAGAAGAAUCUAAGUUGGGGGAACAGGGUGAGCCAAUUCAACAUUUAUCAGAUUCCCCAGAUAGCCCAGAAGAACAAAAAGGGGAGAGUUCUGCCUCUUCUCCUGAGGAGAUGAAUGAAAUACCUACUUUGGAAAAACCUGUAGAUGGAAUGCAGGUUACUGAAAAUGAGGAUGCUGCAAUUUCAGAUGUGGAGCGAAAAAGAGAAAGUGUUACACCCUGGGCAUCAUUCAAAAAGAUGGUGACUCCCAAGAAACGUGUCAGAAGACCUUCUGAAAGUGAUAAAGAAGAAGAAACUGAUAAGACAAAGAGCAUUGCAGCAUCUGCAACUGAAAACACUGUUGAUGAAAGUCAAGGAGAAAUAAAAGAAAAUGGGGUGGACCAGAAGCCAGAAAAAAACAUAGAAGAGCCCAAAAGAAAGGUUGACACCUCUGUGUCCUGGGAAGCUUUUAUAUGCGUAGGCUCUUCAAAGAAAAGAGCAAGGAAGUCGUCAUCAUCUGAUGAAGAAACUGAACAUAAGCUUGGUCAAGAAAGCCAAAAAGUAGAAGAGUCUGGACAGAGCAAAGAAACAGCAACAGAUGCAGUUCUUACUAGUUCUCAGGAGAGUGAUCAAGGACAAGGGAAUUCUUCCCCAGAACAAGCUGGAAGCCCAUCUGAAGGUGAAGGCAUUUCAACAUGGGAGUCAUUUAAAAGGUUAGUCACUCCAAGAAGGAGAUCCAAAACCAAAAUGGAAGAGAAAACUGAAGACUCUGUUGUGGGAUCUAGCCUGGAGCAUUCAACAUCAGAUGGUGAGCCUGGAAAAGAUGAAUCAUGGGUAUCAUUUAGAAAACUGAUGCCUGGGCGUAGGAAGAAAAAGUCAGAUGGAAAGCCAGAACCAACUCGUCUUAAACAAGCAAAAGAAGACAUGGCAGAAAUGACUGAAGAAGAUCCAGAUAUUCCAGCUGUUGUUCCUUUAUCUGAAUAUGAAGCAGCAGAGCAGGAGAAAAUGGAAGCCCAAAAAGCAAAAGAUGCUGAAGCAACAAGAGAACAAGCAUCAAAGGAUGAGAGAGCAGAAAAAUUAGAGGAGACCCUACGAGUUGAGCAAGCACAUGAAGGAUUGGUACAUGCAGUUACUGUUACUGUUGUGGAAGGGGAAAGGGCCAUUACCAGUAUUGAAGAAAGGUCACCGUCUUGGAUAUCUGCAGCUCUGACAGAGUGCAUUGAGCAGGCAGAAGAAGAGGAAGAAACUGAGAAAAUACUUGAAUCAGAUGUUAUUGUGGAAGAAGCAGUUAUAGCUGCUAAGACAGUGCCAGAGGCAAGAAAGGAUAUAAGUGAUGACACCACAGCAAGUGAGAUAGAGCUAACCUCAGAAGCAGUGACAGCUCUGGAGGAGACAGCAGCAGCUUUAUGCACUGAAGAAACAAUGGAAAUGUCCCUUGCUGAGGAGACAACUGAGAUGGUUUCUGCUGUUUCACAGUUGUUAGAAACCCCAGAUACUACAGAGGAAGUUACACCUGUACAAGAAGUAGAGGCCACUGAACAAAAUUUGAAAGAACUGGACAAACAAACGCAAAAAGUUCUUCAUGAAGUUGCUGAAAGAGUAAAGUCAGCAGAUGUAGCACAGCUGGUUAGUGAAAGAACUGUGACAGCAACAGUACAAGGGAUCGAGGCAGAAGUGAAAGAUGAUGCUAAAGAUGAGAAUGUUGUUGGCCAGGGAACUCUUUUGCUUGAACAGUCCUUGGGAAAAGGAGAACAUGAGGAGGAUGGCCUCCAACCCCAAGGAAGUGCAGGGAACAUUCAGAGCCAAAAUGGAGUCGAAGAGAGUGUUCUACAUGAAGGUUCAGAGAGAAGUGAAAUAUCUGGUGCAGUGAAGGAAGGCACAGAAGGAUAUGAAAAUGUAGAUGUAGUGAGAGAUGAAAGCCAGUGGCAGGCAUGUGAAGAAGCAGUUGUAGAAGACCAUGAAAAAAUAUCUGAAGUAGAGAGGACAAUAGAGGAACCUUCAUCAGAUGACAGAGAGUUUCACAGCAUCAAAGCAGUCACUCCCCAAGAAGAGCCAAUUGCAAAGCAGGAGCCUUCAGGACAAGAGAAGCUGCCCAUAACAGAGUUGAGAGUAGAUGACACAAGAGAUGAAUAUAUUCCCAAAGUACAAACUGCAGUGCAGGAUGAGACAGAUGAUGAAAUUGCUUCUUUGAAGUUUAAAGCUGAAGAGCCUGUGCAGCUUGAAGGACAGGACAAACCCCUUACUAUGGGACCAGAGUGCACAGGAGCAAUUGUCACUGUGGUCCCUGUUAAGCCUGAAAGACAAGAUGAAAUUCCUGACUUAAGCUCAGAAGACCAAGCUUGUACUAAAGGAGUGCCUAGCAGGGUGCUUGCUCAGAGAGAGGAAGAGAAAGAUGGUACUGCACUCCUUGGUGUAAAAAGCACAGAAGUCACUGUUACUGAAGUUCCACUGCAGAAUGAGGUAAAAACCUCUGCCCUUGCUUCAGAAGCAGCUGCAGAUGCUGAGCCAAGUCUGACAGAUGGGGCUGUCAGGCACAUUACAGCAAAAGGUUCUGUGCCCAUCUUAGAGCUGCAAUGCAAAGAAAAAACAACUGAAACCCCGAGUGAGGAAACCAAGGGUGGCAAAAUGGAAGAUGCUAUGCUCAAAACUGAAACACACUCAGAGAGCGAUAACACUGUCACUGAGGCUCCCACACAGAUUGAAGCAGACAGUGCAUCUACUUUAACAUCAGCAUGCCCAGAUAUCACUGAAAAUGGAAGCACUGUCCUCACUGACAUAAGCCCUAAGAAAUGUGAAACACCAAGCAGUUUUGCUGGAGAAGAGACUUCAGAAAAAGAACAAGAACUUUCAAACACUCAAGAUUUUGAUAAAGAUAAUGAUGAAUAUGAGCAAUUGGUGGAAAGAACCGAAGAAGUAUUGGAAUCUGGAAAAGCAGAAGCUGUGAGAGCUGAUGCAACUUCAGCUGCUGUCCAGCAAGAGGUUUUAACUGUGCAAGGCAAAGGCUCUGACUCAGCCUUCCUACAAGCUGAAGGCAUGGAGGCUCUGAAAGUGCCUGUGCCUGUAGCAGCCACAGCAGUUGAAGUGCAUGUCAUGGCAGAAAACGUAACACCCACAGAUGUGCCAGCUGAAACUGUACAGUCCUUGGCAACCACAUCAGAGCAAAUGACUUCUGAAGAGCUCCAAAUUACUGCUGUUGACUAUUCAGGAUGGGGGGCUGCAGAUCUUGGUAAUGCAGAAGCACCUGAACCUCAAGUAAGUCCUGCUUCCAUGAAUGGACUACCAGAGGAGCAAGAGAGGCCCCAGAGUACAAGGCAACCUGAACAAAAUGGUAUUCUAAGUGACAGUCUGUCUCUCACCCACACUGAAUUUGAGCAGGAUGUUGUCCAGUCUGUGACUAUAGAGUCCCAGAGUACAAAAAUUGUACUGAAUGCCAUCCACACGGCUGUUCACAAACUUGCAGAAGCAGAAGAGUCAACUGCCUUUGAGCCAGAGCAGCACAUGAAGUCCAUGGAGAAAAGCUCAUUAGAUACAAAUAUAUCUGAACUUCUGGAAAGUAUGCAGGUGGAUCAUCAACUUCCAGUAAAAGAGGGAGAGACGGGCAGUAAAGAACAAGAGCUCCAGCAAUCAGGAAUAGUGAAAACUGCUACCUUAACAGGCUCUGCAGAAAUUCAUGCAACUGUAGAAAAAACAAAAGACAUGCUGUUAACUUCUGAGAUGCUGAAAGAUGGACAAAGUCAGAAUUCUUUAUCAUUUGUAACUAGGCUCGAAGAUGUUUCAAGGGAAAGUGUGAGACUUCAGAAAUCAGCACUAGAACUAAGUACUUCAGAAGAUUCAACCAAAGAUCUCCUAGACAUACACCUACCAAAAUUAAGGGAAAAAGAGGCUGGACAGAUUAUGGAAAUCCCACAUCAACAUACAAGUCAGCAGAUAUGCAGAGAAAGUGAGGAAGACCAUCAUCACUCACCAGUGGAAGAUGGAAAAAGACAGACAUGGGAAGAUGGUAGUUGCCAGGAAGGAACUUCCUGUGAUAGUCCACAAAGUCAGAACUCAGUGGCUGCUGAUGCUUUGAAUAUGUGCUAAACAUCCGUGUGGCAUUUGGAGAGACGAGAACAGUCCUAGAGAACAACCGACAAUCCUGUGAUAAAACCAGGAGCUUUAUUCACUACCUUUAUUCUUGGAUGUUAACGUCCGCUCUUUCGAAGACCUUACCUUCUUUGUCAUUUCUAUUAAAACAACGCCUUUUAUGUUGGCUAUGUCCACAUAUGUGUUCCAUUCAAAGGUCAUUUGCCUCUACCCCAGAAUACACCAUUUAAACCAGAGAUGCACAACUGAGUGAAUGGACAGACCACUAAAAUUUGUGCCACAGCUGUUACUGUCCCCUCACUUGAUGUGUGCCCUGUCUGUCCCAUCUCCUUGAAUCCCUUCAGUUCCCUGGACCCUCCUCCUUCUUUCUUUCUGCAGUCUCUCUUGCCCCCCCACACGUUCCGUAGCUGCCUUGAUUUGACCAAUGAGUGGCUGUAGAUGCUGCUUGACUUUUAUGUGAGGGGAAAAAGGAGGGCUGACUGAUGAGAACAUGUGAGACUUCUGGCCAAGUAGCAGACAUGUCUAUCAAACAGUAGGAACUGGAUCACGCACAAAUUCUUGAGCAAGAUGCUUAAGAUUGCUGCCUUUCAGGCCCAUUCAGGUAUCUCUAUCCAUCCUUCAGUUGUAUUUGUGCAGGCCUGAUUCAGUCAGAAAUUACUUCUACAGUGUAGCUUGAAAGGAGAUUGAAAUUACUUCUACAGUGUAGCUUGAAAGGAGAUUGAUAAUACCCUUCUUCUGUUGUUCCAGACUUCAGGUCUCAGGACUGGACUGUAAUGUGUUGAGUAUUUAUAUGUAUGUCUUAAACCCAGUUCUGAUUUUAAUGUAGAACUAUGAUACUUCUGUAUUAUUUAGGCAUACCCUUAAAUGAAUUUUGUAGAGUAGCCUGGAGAGGAAAUUGAUACCAUUGGAGUGGAAAUUGAUAACACAUUGUUUCCUAUUUAUUGUUCCAGGUUCUUCCCCUUGUAAAAUCUCUCAAAAACUUGGCUGUCUUGCUUUGAAUAUUUAUAUGUAUAUCCUAAACCCAGUUCUGAUUUUAAUGUAGAGCUAUGAUAUUCCUAAAGACAAAAGGAGAGCCCUGACCUGUGUUAGAUCCACCGAUCACUUCUGCUUGCAGUCCUCUCUUGUUUCUGAGAACCCUCCUGACUGACCAUUUCUCUGUCAUCUUGCUCAUGUAUCACAACCUUCAAAUUGUAGCCUUCUCAUUCCAGGGCCUUAUCAUUUCUGGUCACUGCCCCAUCCAACCCCAAGCUUUUCCCUACACUUAAACCAUCUAACAUCCCUCCUUAUUUCUUGCCCAAGUCCUGCCUGAACCUCUUUCCCAUUGCAGCAUUUCCUGAGAUUCUUCAUGCUCCUGUCAAUUCCCGGUCUUCAUAGAGGGCAGAGUAGGAAGGAGGGUAAGGGCUUAGUGAUGAAUUCUGCCUUGGAUUGCAAAAAAACUUGUGAGACUGUAGGUGUGCUGAGAUCUUAAAAACCUUUAUGUAAGUUGGAUUGGACUUGACAAUAGCUGGAGACCAGAAUGAACAGGAAAAUUUAAAGAUGGAGAGAAGUCCUAAGACCAAGAGUUGUGGGAAGUCUGUCCCCAACAGGAGCUGGUCCUCUCUUUUGUUGUUUACAUUAAAAUCAAACAUGGGGUACAAGUCACUACUUUCAGCUCUGAUUUCUAAAGUGAAGGUUACAAAUCGCACUUUGUGAAACCGAUGCCCAUCAAUUUGAACAAUAGCUCACUAUCCUACCUGUAUAGUAAUUUAUUUUAAAAUCAACUUUUAGUGUACAAAUGCUCUUGUUAUGGCAGGUGCUUGCCUCUCCUCAGGCUGCACAUACAGCAAGCAAUGUGACUGAUUGCACUGGUGUGAUUGCACCAUCUGGUGCUGCCCUGUGUGGAAGCAUCAAAAGAUUUUUCCUUACCUCAGAGCAAAUUACAUAAAUACUUAAAGCCAAACAAUGUGGUUUCAAACAAUCCAGUCUAUCUCUGUCCAUCAUUAGUGGCAGCUUUCCCCUAAAGCUUUGGGCAAUUCCAGCAACCUUGGUUUCCACAGGUUGGCUUGCAAGUUAAUCAUGCUCUUAAUAACACCUCACAAGUGCAAACUUGGCUGAAUUUGUACAAAUUGUACACCUAUGUACGUUAAGCCAUAUUGCAGUAACUGCAGCAGGUAAAACAAAGUAACAGUAGCAUGACCUGUGUAAUCCUGAUUCUUAUGUUUGUAGCUCCAAAGCUGUUAAUAAUAUGUAAAGUUAAUUCCUGUCUGAACCUCAUUUAAAUAAAGCUAGUGUUACCACAAUGUAAAUGUCUGUUGGUAGUAAUUGGAUAGGUGAGUGCUUUAACUUGCCUGUUUUCUCUAUUAAUCCAGGGCCUAGGUAAGCAAUGCAACAAACUUAACGAUAAAACAAAUACAAAAGCUGCUUCUUAUAACUGACAGCUAAAUAAAUACUGUACCUGAAACUACACUAGUGAUGCAGGGAGCAUGCCUCCACAUAAAGAUACUACCUUGUUCCAGCAUAUUGCUUUGGCCUCUGAAACUCUCAUUUGAGACUGUGACUUCUGGCUUGUGCUUAAAAGCUUGAAGCUUUCUCUAAUCCAGUGUAUUGGGUUACCAAAUUUGAUUUUAUGUUUUUAAGGUAGAUUUUCGUUGAUUAAAUAAAAUACAACUACAAAUUU